AUUAGCCGCCUUAAUAGUCCUCCAUCUCAACACACCCCCUAUAAAUACAUGCAGUUGCGAUCCAUAUAUGCAUCUUAAACAAAACAAUAUAAUCAAUCAACUUUCCCAUUUAGUCUUGACCAUGUCAAUUUUCAUCUUGUUUUCGCUUCUCAUUGUUUCCCUUCCAUCCCUAGGAACUGCCGCUCCCUGCGGUGGAUCAUGCAGAGACUUGAACGACUGCGACGGCCAACUGAUCUGCAUUAACGGCAAAUGCAAAGACGACCCAGACGUGGGAACCCAUAUUUGCGGCCGCGCGUGUCGCCCGUCGGGAUAUCUCACGUGUGCAGGUGAAACGAAGCCGACGUACACGUGCUCGCCGCCGGUCACCUGGUCCACGUCAGCUAUACUAACUCUCAAUGACUUCAGCGCCGGCGGGGAUGGCGGCGGCCCUUCGGAAUGUGAUAACAGCUACCACGAUAACAAUGAAAGAGUGGUUGCGCUUUCCACUGGGUGGUACGACGGCGGGUCGAGGUGCUGGAGGAUGAUCAGAAUCAGGGUUAGUAACGGAAGAAGCACGACGGCGAAGGUGGUGGACGAGUGUGACUCGAGGCAUGGUUGCGACGCCGAGCAUGCCUAUCAAAACGCCUGCGACAAUAACAUCGUUGAUGGUUCCCAUGCUGUGUGGAAAGCAUUAGGCCUCAAUGAAGACCUUGGACGUGUUCCAAUCACCUGGUCCAUGGCAUAAUCUUCUUAUACUAGAAGAAACACCACAAAGUAGGGCUCUAAAUAAUUGUGAGUAAAUUAAGUUUCUAAGAGUAAGGAUUGCGUGGUUUAUGAUCAGAUGGUCUUUCCUAGCUAGCUAGGAACAAAUAUAAUGUAACAAAGCUCCUACUUUAGUUGGUGAAUAUAAAUAUUGCUUGGUAAAUAUAUUAUUACUAAUAAUGAACUUAAUUUGUC